GUCAUGAUUGUCAACGAAGAAGCAAAAAAGCAAUCGAGCUUGAUUGUUGCUAUUGAAAACUCUGCCAGAAUCAGUACAGAGUUUGAUGUGAUUUGCAAACAUGUCUUGAUGCCUUUCAUAGAUGAGUUGUCUACGAGAACAGUUGGAGCGAAACCGGUGCUUCCGGCGUUGAAGAAACAGCUGUACUCGUUGGUUACGUUCGCUGGAUCAUCACAAGUUUAUAAUAGUGGUGUGCAUGUUUCAAAGAUUUUCUAUACGCCCGCUGAGUUCAAAUCUGCAAUAGCAAAAGUGCAGAUUGAUAAAAGCGAAUGUGAAAAUGAGAUAGAUUGUGAAUUCAUGAAAGGUUUAUUGAAAACGUGUAAAAAGUUGUUCUCGAAGUUUCAGUCUGUUAGAAGGACGACAGACGUCGCGAUGAAUCACUUGUUGAUUAUACUUGAUAGCCAAAUUGCAGAAACAUCUGAAGAUGAUAAAAACUUGAAAUCCCAAAUUGAUGAAAUUACGACUGCAUUUAAAUCCCUGAAGGAUGAAACAGAAGUUUCCAUCUCGUUCUUGAAUAUUUCCACCAGUGCUACUGCAUUUUUUCCGGAGGUUUUUGAGAACAUUCCGAGUAAAUCUAACAUAAAACUGUCCGACAAACAUUCUCAAACUGCUGGUUUAGUUUUGGAUGGAAUUCAAAUUCCUAUUGCUGUCACUCUCAAAAAGUCGCUGCCAGCAUCAGAAAGCGUUUCCACCGAUGAACCGGCCCGAAAAGUACAAAUUAUUGCUUCAAAUAAUUCCUCAAUAGCUGCUCGUAGUCAAAGUUACCCCCAGCCUUCUGUUGAGGCUCCGCAGUCUGCAGCUGUUCCUGUGUGUCAGGUAACUAUGCCAACCCAAGUUAGGCCAAUAGUUGUCAAUAACCCAGUUGCACCGACAGCUGACAAUCUAAGCGCGGUUGUGAAUUCGGUAGCGGCGAGACCUAACAACAUUCCAGUCACUCAUAACGUAGCACAAUCUGGGGCUAUGACUCAGAAUCAAAGAAUGGUUCCGAUUGAAACUUCUCAAAUUGUUACGUCAUCUUUGAAUAACUCAAUAAUGUCUUCAUCGCAACCGAGCACGAUUAUUUCGCGGGUUGUUCCGAACCAGCCUAAUCCAAACCAACCUAUUCAAGCUGUGAGUAGGCCUAUGGGUCAAGUGCUUUUAAGCGGGGUAUUAAGGGUAAAGUUCAAUAAUCUUCCAAGCUACCCGCAUUUGCACCAAAUAGUAAAGGCAUAUAACUUCAACCUCUUGUAUGAUCCAACCAGUUCAAAAAGCAUCCGACCCCCAGAUUUGGAUCAAUGGUUUAAUGAAGGUCAACUUCAGUUUCUGCAAGUCAAUGCUAUUCGAGAAUGUGAAGAGUUUUUGCGUGACGCUUUCCAACUAGCCUGCCAAUUUUUCACCAAACCAGACAAUGAGCGACCAGAACCGGUGCCGGAUAAUGAUCCUCUCCUUUUAUCUUUGAAAGAAAGAGUAUUUGGGUGCGUCACUCUUAAUGCUCCUCAGCGUCAAGGAGAAACGCCGCGCAUUCGGAAGUUUGCGAUGAUUAUGAGUCAGAGUCAAAGUCAAUAUAAAGCGCAUCUUCUGUUUCCAAACAGACAAAACGAGUUCACGGACAGGCUGAAAAGUGUCGUAAAUAAGUGGCGCAUGAAUAAUGCUGCUAAUCAACCGCAGCCGAAUCAGGAUCAAAAACCUCCAGGUGUGAACAAUAUGAAUAUGCCCGCUCAUGUACAACAGCCGCACCAACAUUCACAACAAGCUCUCAUGGUAGGAUCCGGUGUUCAUAGUAAUCCGGCAGAUCAACCGCUCAACCAGCUGGCAAAUUUAGCCAACAACCCUGGACUGCAAAACCAGAUGGGAAAACCGGUUCAAGUGGUGUCCAUGAAUCAAGCUCAGGCGCAGCAGUUCAAUGUGAGCGGUCAAGGUGCAAGUAUGGCUGGUGUAAAAUUGCAACCUAAUGUAAUGGGCGGGAAAAUAGUAAAUGCUGGAGGAAACCAACAAAUUUAUGUAUCUAAUCAGCAUCUUCAGCAAAUUUCUGGACAGCAACAUCAGGUUUCUGGAGGCAUGCAGCAAUCUAACAUGAUGGUUCAGCAAUCUAACGUUCAAAUGCAGCAGAAUCAAGCUGCUCAAAUACGGAAUCCAAAUGCCAUGUCUAUGGGUUUGCAGCAACAACAUAGUCAAGGUCAGCAACAGUCGCAGCAAGGGAUGUCAAAUUUUCAACAUGGUCCAGGUCCAAACUACAUGCAAAAUCAGUCUCAACCAGGCCAGCACAUGGUAGGAAGUGGCGGUCAAAUGCAAGUUCAAGGUCAACAGAUGUACAGCCAGGGAAAUGCUGCGCAGUCGCAACAGAUGGUAAUGUUGCACCAGCAGCAGCAACAUAUGCAACACAAGGGAGGUCCCGGAAACCCUAUGUGGUCGAAUCAGCCUGGGCAGCAGCAGCAAAUGGGAGCUGUUGGAGGUUCGAAUCCGGGGGGAAUGCAGUCUCAUCAAGUUGCUUAUGCUACGCCCCAACGACAGCAGGUACACGUUCAACAGGACCAGCAAGGAAUGAGUGGCAAUGUUGCUGAUCCGAGCAAUAUUUACAAUCCAGAUUUCAUAAACUAAUAAAAAACGUUU